GAGAGGAGUUGGCUACGUUUGGAUCCCAAGCACAUUUUUGAACCAGAUCAAACCUGUUGUUUUGUAGAACUUGUUUUGGUCCUGACCCCAUUUGAGAAGACAGCAGGGUUUCAAAGUGCUGCUUGAUAAGAAAGCCGAGUUGUCAGGUCAUCUGUUGCUUUUUUUCCUGAGCUGCUGGGACAUCAGUCUUAAUUAUUAUCAACCUGCUGCAAAAACACUAGGAAAAUAAAUAAAAUAUAACAAAUGGACCUGAGCAGAAUAUAAAGUAUUAUAUAGUUUUUCAUGUGUAACGUGUAACUUUAGUUAAAAUCUUUAAUAUAUUCUGAUAUAAUCGAAUUUCUUUAAAUUGUAUUUUUUUAAACACCAGUUGUUUCAUUUAUCAUUUAAAAAAAGUUCUGUUGUUUUUUUUUGUUUUUUUUGUAUUUUAGGGAAUUACAGUUGUCAAAUUAUUAAUUUAUUUAGCAGAAAAGUUGCUAGCCUACUUUAGAAAACAGCACUUUCAUGAUCAUUUCUUGUUAUAUAACAGUAAUAUAGCUGACUCAAGCGGGGAUAUCGCACUGCUACUGUAUAAAACAGCUGAUAGAAAUUGUAGUAAACGGUUCAUGUUCAUGUUCAAUUUCUUAAGGAAAUGGAAUGUUUAAUAUUUUUUAAUUUGCAUUUCUGUGAAAAUAAAAAACAGAAUUCUGUCUUCCAAUUUCCUCGUCGGUUUAUAUAUUGCAUGCGUUUGCAGUUUUGCAGUUUUGCAGUGCAAACAAGAGGAAAAGCGAGAGCAUCUGUACCUUUAAGAUCAUCUCUCAGCAUCCCUCUCCACUGUCAGGGACGCGUACGUACAACAGCCCAACAUUAUAGAGCGCAGGAUACAUUCAAGCUUUACCCACACACAUCAGCAUUAUCAUAUACAGUAAAACGUCUCACAGUUGUAAUUAUUAUCCUCUUUUCCCGCUUGGACAUUGAUGCAUUUGCCUCAGCGGUCGCCGUAGCGGUCCAAGCGAUCAAUUUCCUUCCCUCCCGCAUCCAAAGGCUGAUCUGCGCUGCAAGAUGGCUGAGCUGAAUUUGGGGAAGGGGCUGACGGCUGGGAAAGUGGCCAGCAACGUCCAGAAAAAGCUCACCAGAGCCCAGGAAAAGGUUCUACAGAAGCUUGGCAAAGCAGAUGAGACCAAAGAUGCUGCCUUUGAGGAGUGGGUCAUCAACUUCAACAAGCAAUAUGCUGAAGGCAGCAAACUCCAAAGGGACCUAAGAGCAUACCUCGAGGCAGUUAGAGCCAUGCACGAGUCCUCUAAGAACCUACAAGCAUGUCUAGGUGACAUGUAUGAGGCAGAAUGGUACGGCAAGAAUGAAGUGGAUUCGAUUCUGGAGGACUGUGAUGUGCUGUGGACUGAUUACCACCAGAAGUUGGUUGAUCACGCUCUGAUCUCCAUGGAUACCUACCUGGGUCAGUUCCCUGAUAUUAAGGGUCGCAUUGCAAAGAGAGACAGGAAGCUGGUAGAUUAUGAUAGUGCCAGACAUAACUAUGCUGCUACACAUAAGACCAAGAAAAAAGAUGGGGGCAUUAAAAUUACAAAGCCGUCCACCUUGUUGGAAAGGGCAACUCCAGGUUGGGCUCAGGGUAUCUUGUCUGCACACAACCUUGCUCAGACCAGUCUCUCCAAGAGCCAGGCUGAGGAAGAGUUGGAAAGAGCCCAGAAGGUGUUUGAGGAGAUUAAUCUUGACUUGCAAGAAGAGUUACCUUCACUCUGGAACAGUCGUGUUGGAUUUUAUGUCAGCACCUUCCAGAGUUUGGCGGGCUUUGAGGAAAAGUUUCACAAGGAAAUCAGUCGGUUGGAUCAGGAUUUGCAUGACGUGUUGGAGACAUUGGAGAAUACAGAGACAACCAGAAGGACAAGUGACCUUGGCGCAGAAUCGUCUGGACCAAGCAGGAGUGAUAGAGAGAAUUCUAACCACACUCUCAGACCAGGAGGACCACCUCCAAUCCCCAAAUCUCCAUCCAAGUUAAGACCAGCAGUGCCUCCGCCACCUAAGGUAACCCCAUCUAAGGAAUUAAAAACAGAGAACAUCAUCAACCUGUUUGAUGCUGCAGCAACUCCUGAUAUCAGUGUCACCUCUCCAACAGAGUUUGACAGUCCUGCAGUCAGCAACCUGUUGGAUAUGGACCUGGGCUCUUUCAGUGAAGCAACCAAAGCCUCCACAGUCUCUCAGCCUGCUAACUGGGACUCGUGGCCUGAGAAUACUGAUGCCCAGGAGGAAGAAACUCAGAAGCACUAUGACCCUGUUGCUGCUGCUACAGAGGCCUGGGGUGAUGAUGGUACACAACCCAUCUGCUAUGAUCCCAUAGCAGCAGCCACAGAGGGCUGGGGGGAUGAUGGGACCCAACCCAUUCGCUAUGACCCUGUGACCCCAGCGCAGGAGGGAUACGAGGAUGAUGGAAGCGAGCCAGCUCACUACGAAACUGUGGAAGAAGCCCAGGAGGGAUGGGGAAAGGAUGUAGACCAGCCUGUCAAAGAGGAGUUAGCUGCAGCUGAAACACCUGUUGAUGAGGCUCCAGCUAAUGUGGUUGAAGAGGACACCACCCCAGCUGCUCCUGAACCGGAUGAAAAAGAGGGUCAGGGGAAGCCUUCAGCAUCAGCUGCUGCACCUGAAGUAGAAGAAGCAGUAACAGAGGAGACUCAUGCCAUCGCAGAAGAAUCAACAGAAGAAUUACCAGAGACCGCAGAAAUGCCCCCUGGCUUCCUGUUCAAGGUCCAGGUGAUGCACGAUUACGCCGCCAAUGACACAGAUGAACUGGAGAUGAAGGCUGGUGAUGUAGUGCUGGUAGUCACCUUUGAUAAUACCGAAGAACAGGAUGAUGGCUGGCUGAUGGGACUAAAGCAGGAAGAUUGGCAGCAGAACAAGGAAAAUGCCACUAAAGGAGUAUUUCCUGAAAACUUCACACAGAGGCUGUGAAAGUCAGGGCAUGUUCCUCUGUUGUUACUCUAUUCCUCUUGCCUAUUUAUGUCCUUCCCCUCUCUUCCGUCCCAAUACUGUAUCCUAACAAGGACUUUGGCCAUAAAAACAGAGCUGUGACAGCCCUGGAUGAAGUCAUGCAUUUCUAAGGUCUGCUACACUGUGGAUCUUUUCAUUAAUGUUUCAUUUCUGUUUUUCAUGAACAGAUGUAGCCAUUUCAUGGGUCUUUUUGCCAUCAUGCUACUCUGUAUUUGAGGAGUCCUGCUCAUUCAAGAUUAAUUGUGCUGAUAAUAACAUGUACACUGGCGACAGCUUAAAUCAAUUUCUGAUGAUUCAUUCUUUGUCAUAUCUCAUCAAGUAAAAUACAAGAUUUGGUAUACUGUUAUUUAGUAUACUGCAGAUUGACAACAAUCUAAAAUUUGUAGGAUACCCUAAAAAACAUAUCAUCAUAGUAAAAAGUAAGUACAUACUCUUCUAAAUACAUGGCUUUCUCUGUCAGGAUGCUACUUCUACAUGUUGGAAGUUUUGGUAAAUAAAUAACAGUAUAGUGCAAUACAUGCCGUUUUUGUUCACUGGACAUGGUAUUUAACUAUUAGGCCUGAGCCAGUUAUUGGUGUCAAGGUGUGUAAAGGUUUUGAAACCAUUUUAAAAACAUUUAUUUUUAUGGCUCCUAGGGUUUAAAAUCCUUUCACUGAGAUGAUGGGGAAAUGCAACAGUUUUAUACGGCUGUGUUUUCUAAAAUGUAUGAGUCCCACAGUAAUGCAGUGCUGACCCUCUCCCAUGUAGUACCAUGCACUGCCUGUCAGCUGGCUGAAAGAAGGCUCUUACUCUGCUUCAUAAGAUAGAGAAAUGUAGCAGUUUGUAUCACAGGCAGUGAAAUGUAAUGUUAAAGAGCACCAACCAUCAAACUUAUUAACAUGAAACUUUUUAACAAAAACUGAAAGCUGCAUAAUUUUACUGUGCCAUAAGCACUUCAGAGCUUCUCCUGGAUUUAGAGGUGGUUUAUUUUAUCCUCUAAAGGCUGUUUAUUUUAAGUCUGUGAUUCAACAUUUGUUUUAAACAAAAGCAAUUAGAUCAUCAGUGAUAUUUUUGUUUUAUUUAUUUUUGUAUAAAUAUGUUGAAACCAUAGUAGAUCACUCAAAGUGAUCAUAUUUUGCAAAUUUCAUACUAACUCAAGCCUAUUAACUGUUUUCAAGAACAGAAAAUGACCACACAUUUUAAGGGGUAUUAACGUCUGGUAUAUAAACCUGUAGAACUGAAAGAGGGUGUACUUACAUUUUAUCUGUGAAUUUAAGCUCUAAAUUCUGUUUUAUAAAGAAAAAAGAGAGACAAUGCUAUUAUCUAGCUGACCAAAAGGACAAAACCUUCACUGAUUAGAAUAUUCACCAUAGAAGGAAAGAGGUACCAUUUCAGAAAAUGCUAUUUAAUCUCAUCAAAACUGCAAAAAUAAAAAUAAAAAUACUCCAACCUAAUCAAACAAGACGCUUGUCUCGUUGCUGUUGGAGUUAGUUUGAUUGGUGAUUAAACUCCUCACGCAUUGCCUUCAGGACAUGUCCAACAAAUCCUAUAUUCCUACUUUCAUUGUUUACUUGUGGAAAAGAGGCCCUUGGUUGUUGUGUUAGUUUAGAGUCUGUGAUGGCAUAAGUAGUACAAUCCUGUUGUUAAAAUCCAGAUAGUGGCAUGUGAAGUAAGCAGCAAAUUUAGACAGACAACAGGAAUCAAACAUAAACAAUUCCAGUUCCCUGUGGAGUUAAAAAAUAAAGACCUCUGUAAUUUAUUUUUAAAUAGUUUGAAGUUGUGUGGAAUGGUCUUGUUUUCACAUGACUCCAAAUAAGCGUUGCUCAGGCUUGCUAUAAAGCUAGCAAGCAUCACAGAGAAGCUGCUGCUGGUAGUAUAAUAGAUGCCACCCUAAAUAUUGUCCAACAUAUAACAACUGAGCCAGCCUAACUCAUAAAAAAUGUGCCGAAAACAGUUCCCUGUUUGCAUAGAGACUUCUAAACUCCGAUGCAGAUGUUUAAGAUUAUGCACCAGAACAAUUUCUUUUAUUUUUAUACGCCACCGAGCAUAUAGCCUAAUGUAACUAUGUUGACAUAAUUGCCAACUGGGGAUGACCUGGAGUAUUUUGUACUUAUCUGGGGUAGUUCCAUAGACAUGUAAUACUCACCCAGUCAUUCAUUCAGUCUCUAACUUAAAAGUCUCACAUAUCACUAGGUUAUUAGUGUGUAACAGGCGCGAGAGAGAAUGUGAGUAUGUGCGUGCAUUGUUUGAUGAAUACAAAUGUUUAUCUAUAGGCAAACGUUAUUAACAAUACAACUGCCACUAACAGAGGUAAACAGUCAACCGUAUAAAUGGGAAGGUUUUAUGAUAGUACUGAAGCAAACUUAUGGGGUCUUUUUCCACUGGCUGGUAUUAUGGUUCCAAGUGUUAUAGUGCAUUUGUUGUGUAUAGUGUGUUUUUUUCCAAGCUGUGAUGACAGAUACAUAUUCUAAGAAGACAUUCAUAUCUGUAUGUGAGUAACUGUGAGCAUGCUGACUUUCCACGUGUUGUUGUGUGAACACCUAAUUUAAGGCAGUGAUACUUGGGUCACUUUUGAGGCAGUUGCAACAAGCUAUUUCUUUUCUUCUGUGUAUUUUGUAUUACUUUUUUAUGGCUACUCUUGGUAAGAGAGAUAGUGGGGGCAUUACAUGGUUUUUCUUUUUCAACUUUUUCUCAUAAAUUUGUCCCUUUUUUUUUUUUUUUUUUCUUCUGCCGUGCCUCAAAAUGUUUCUAGGUAUCGUGGUCCAAAACAGAGUUGAUUACAGGUGAGGCAGGACUCAUAGAGGUGAAGUUAAUGCAACCAGACUCAGGUGCACAGAUUUUUUAAAAUACUUUUCAGUAUUUGCAUUAUGUGCAUUCUUUUUUCCAAUGUGUAUUUGAAAAUAAAAAUCUCUUAUGUGAGAACAACCACCUUCAUAUUUGGGUAAAAUCACUCAUGUUUCGUUCUGAGAUUUUGUGCAUGAAUUGGAGUGUUUUACCUGGGUCUGGUUCUGUCUCCAGCAUUAUUGAUCAGUCUCUAAUAGUGAUAUCUGGGGUAUGACAAAAAGUUUUUUUCCUGUACCUAAAUGACCAGUAAUAAUAAAGAUUACUUCAAACUUG